AUUAAUUUAAAAUUUAUACCUAAAUAGUUUAAAUUAUAACAUUAAAUCGUUAAUAAUGGUCAGCAAGUGUAGUUUAGUUGGAUGCAGGAGCCGAUACAUGAAAAAAAAAGUGAAAAUGCAUAGAUUUCCACUUACAAAUCUAAACAUUUUGCCUUCGUGGAUAGCUUUUAUGAGAAAGGAAGCUCACUGGAAGCCUAAAAGAAGCAGCAGAUUAUGUUCCAAUCAUUUUAUCGAGUCUGAUUAUAAAUUCAAACAUGGAAAAGGUGUUUUAAACCCGACAUCGGUCCCAUCCAUUGAAUACCGAGUUAAAGUUCCGGUAAAAUUCCUGUACUUAAUAUUUAAGUAUAAAUAAUUAAAUUAUUAAUAC